AUGGCCUGGGAACGAGAAAGCAGGACGGCGUCCGCUUCGGCGCGAAUGGCGAUGGCACUGCAUGGCUCGCCCGUGGUCCGUCGGCUCCAACUUUUCUGUAAAGACAAGGUUAUUUUUGCCUUUGGAAAGUGAAGGCGUCUGGCGAGAAGCUGUGCUAGGACGCAGGCUCUAUCAAUCCGCCCGCGCGGUUGCCUCGCGCCAGACACCUAUGUUUUGGCUGCUCUAAUGGCCUUUAAGAGCGUCUGGAGGGUGACGGUCCGUUGCGUCAUCGGCUUCUGGCCCCAGCAAAAGAGCCAAGAGAUCUUCUGA